UAUUCAUCUGCCGGCUCCUUUUUCUGUCGUUCUUCCAUACAGGCUACAACCUCUCACAUCUUCCAUAAUCACUUAACUAACCUUCCAUAACCAAAAUCACAAACCCAUGUCCAUUCUCCGCAAAUCACCCUGCACUUACACUCUCGUUCGCCAUUAUCACAAACAACAAAAACCCCACAAACCCCCCCGCAAACUGAUCCCAUUCGUCACCGAUCUCAAAAACAUUCAAAACCCAGACGAACUCUUCUCCGUAUUCAACGAUUACCACCAAACUGGCACCUUCAAACACGACUACCCAUCUUACUCAUCCCUCAUUUACAAACUUGCCAAAAAACGAAACUUUGAAGCAGUUGAAACCCUUCUUCAACAGUUACAGCUGUAUAACGUUAGAUGUAAAGAAGCCCUGUUCAUUGGGUUGAUCCAGCAUUACGGGAAGACCGGGUUUGUCGAUAAAGCGGUUGAAUUGUUUCGGAGAAUGCCGUCGUUUGAUUGCUACCGUUCGUUGCAGUCGUUGAAUGCGAUUUUGAAUGUUUUGGUUCAGAAUGGGAGGUUGGAUGAUGCUGGGGAGAUGUUUAAGGGGUGUUCGAAGAUGGGUUUUCGACCGAAUGUGGUGUCGUUUAAUGUUAUGAUGAAGGGGUGGCUUGGGAAGGGGGAGUGGGACGGUGCGCGUAAGGUGUUUGAUGAAAUGCUUGAAAGAGAAGUUGAGCCUAGUGUGGUAACUUAUAAUUGUCAGAUUGGGUUUUGGAGUAAGAAGGGUGAGUUUACACAGGCUAAGAGGUUGUUUGAUGAGAUGGUUGGCAAAGGGAAGAAACCGAAUGCUGUAUCGUAUGGUUUGUUGAUGGAGGCGUUGUGUUCGGUGGGAAAGUUUAAGGAGGCGAAAAAGAUGAUGUUUGAUAUGGAAUAUCAAGGGUGUAAACCGCGGCUUGUUAAUUAUGGGGUUUUGAUGAAUGAUCUUGCGAAAAGAGGAAACUUUGAUGAGGCUAAAGGGUUGCUUAAUGACAUGAAGAAAAGGCGAAUUAAGCCGGAUGUUGUAAUGUAUAACAUACUGAUUAAUUAUCUAUGCAAAGAGAGUAAAGUUGAAGAAGCCUACAAGAUGUUAGUUGAGAUGCAGGUUAAUGGUUUUGAGCCGAAUGCAGCCACAUAUAGAAUGAUAGUUGAUGGUUAUUGUAACAGUGGAAAGUUCGAUGAGGGCUUGAAGGUUCUAAACGCGAUGUUAUUGAGUAGGCAUUGUGCGCGGUUGGAAACCUUUUGUUGUUUAAUUAUUGGUUUGGUUAACAACGGGAAGGUGGACGAUGCUUGCUUUGUAAUGGAGGAGAUGAUGAAUAGACGAAUGAGCCCUGAUUUCUCGUCCUGGGAAGCAUUGGUCGCUAGCACUUGCAGUGGGGAUAAAAGUGCCUGUUUGCUUGUGUCCGAAUUGGUUUCGUCAAGUGUAUAGGUCCAUUUGUUUCGUUUAACUCUAGCCGAACAAAUAAAUGUACACAAACACGUUAGUUAAACAAAUAUUGUUGCUCGUUAAGAAAAUAAACUUGUUCGUGUUAUUUUUUAUA